UCUCAACCCAUACUUUAAAUAGCCAGCACCUUCCCCUUUGGAUUCUUCUUCUCCCCCUUAGCUGGACCUCUGGCAGCUUCUUCCUUAAGGUGGGAUGGAUAACAGGGUCCCUGGUGCAACCAGCAAUGGAAAGACAAUACCAACUUAUUCAGUCGUGGAAAAGGAGAAAGAGGAGGAAGAAGAGGAGGGCACUCUAGAGCGGGGUCACUGGAACAAUAAGUUGGAAUAUGUGUUGUCUGUAGCAGGGGAAAUCAUUGGGCUGGGCAAUGUCUGGAGGUUCCCUUAUCUCUGCUACAAGAAUGGGGGAGGUGCCUUUUUCAUACCCUACCUCAUCUUCCUCUUCACCUGUGGCAUUCCUGUUUUCCUCCUGGAGACAGCACUGGGUCAGUAUACCAGCCAGGGGGGCGUCACAGCCUGGAGAAAGAUCUGCCCCAUCUUUGAGGGCAUUGGUUAUGCCUCCCAGGUGAUUGUCAUCCUCCUCAACUUCUACUACAUCAUUGUUCUGGCCUGGGCAUUCUUCUAUCUCUUCAGCUCCUUCACCAUUGACCUUCCCUGGGGCAGCUGUGACCACGAGUGGAACACUGAACACUGUGUGGAGUUUCAGAGGACCAAUGGCUCCCUGAAUGUGACAGCUGAGAAUGCCACCUCCCCUGUCAUUGAGUUUUGGGAGAGGCGGGUCCUGAAAAUCUCUGAAGGGAUCCAGCACCUGGGGAGCCUGCGCUGGGAGCUGGCCCUGUGCCUCCUGCUUGCCUGGAUUAUAUGCUACUUCUGCAUUUGGAAAGGAGUCAAGUCCACAGGCAAAGUGGUAUACUUCACAGCCACAUUUCCAUACCUCAUGCUGGUGGUCCUGUUAAUCCGAGGAGUGUCUCUGCCUGGUGCUGCCCAGGGCAUCCAGUUCUACCUGUACCCAGAUCUUACCCGUCUCUGGGAUCCCCAGGUAUGGAUGGACGCAGGCACCCAGAUCUUCUUCUCUUAUGCCAUCUGUCUGGGGUGUCUAACAGCCCUGGGCAGCUACAACAAAUACCACAACAACUGUUACAGGGAUUGCAUCUCACUAUGCUUCCUGAACAGUGGCACCAGCUUUGUGGCUGGUUUUGCUAUCUUCUCCAUUCUGGGCUUCAUGUCUCAGGAGCAGGGGGUGCCCAUAUCCGAGGUGGCAGAGUCAGGUCCUGGAUUGGCUUUCAUUGCAUACCCCAGGGCUGUGGUGAUGUUGCCCUUCUCUCCUCUUUGGGCCUGUUGUUUCUUCCUCAUGGUUGUGCUGCUUGGGCUGGAUAGCCAGUUUGUAUGUGUGGAGAGCCUGGUGACGGCCUUGGUGGACAUGUACCCCAACAUCCUUCGAAAGAAGAACCGACGGGAAACUCUGAUUCUGGCGAUUUCUGUCCUCUCCUACCUCAUUGGACUGAUUAUGCUCACUGAGGGUGGAAUGUAUGUGUUUCAGCUAUUUGACUAUUACGCGGCCAGUGGCAUGUGCCUAUUAUUUGUAGCCAUCUUUGAGACACUCUGUGUGGCCUGGGUAUAUGGAGCUGAGAGGUUCUAUGAUAACAUUGAAGAUAUGAUUGGCUAUCGGCCAUGGCCUGUUAUCAAAUAUUGCUGGAUAUUUCUCACACCGGCUGUAUGCACAGCCACCUUCCUUUUCUCUUUGGCCAAGUACACCCCACUGACCUACAACAAGAAGUACACUUACCCAUGGUGGGGUGAUGCUCUGGGUUGGCUCCUGGCGCUCUCUUCCAUGGUCUGCAUUCCUGCCUGGAGUGGUUAUAAGCUGAUGACUCUCAAAGGCUCCCUGAGGGAGAGAGUUCGCCAGCUCAUAUGCCCAGAAGAGGACCUGCCCCAGCGGCUAUGUACAGCACCUCCCACUCCCUCCACUACUAGGGCAGCACUUCUUAGGCUCACAGAACUUGAGUCUAACUGUUAGAGGUCAACUCAGACUGUGAUCUGGAACCCACUUCUGGUUUUCCAAAGUCCUACAUAUUCAGUUCCUUUCCUUGUCCUAGAUAGGGCUGCAGAGCUGAGAAGGCAAGAUUGCUAUGCCUUUUUGGAGGAAGGGGCUUUCUAUACACACCCAAUCCCACUUCACCCCAGAAUCAUAGACAAAAUACUAGGGAGUGUCCUGCACUAUUCCUUCUGGGAUGGAGGUCUCAUGACCCCAAAUUCAUGUUGGGUGGGAGAGGAAGAAACUGAGUGCAAAUUAAGACUUCAGUUACUUGAGAGAGGAGAAUCUUUUUGGGGAGGAGAAUGGGUUGGGGUGGAGAGAGACAUUAAAAAAAAUAGGCCAUCUCCAUUCCAUUAAAUUCACAUUUUCCACACUGGUUCUCCUGCAAAAGCUUAGCCUUGUCUCUGUUUCUUUGUCCUUCCAACCUGUUUCCCUAAUUUCCUUGCUUCACGAUACUGUCUCCUUCUUCCUCUAUUCCCCCUACUUCAUGGAACUUGUAGGAAUAGGAGGGAUGGAACUUGUAGGAAUAGGAGGGAGCUAUUCAUUGUUUAUGAGGUCUCAAAUCCCCAUGAUCUUUACCACAAACAAGAGUUAUGUAGGUCUGUUAUUUCUCCUUUAUGCAUUAUCAUUGUCAUGUCUACCCUGAAAUUUCAGAGUCCUUCCCUUUCUUUGAUUCCCUCCUUUUUUCUUAAGAGCUAAAAAAAACAAACAACUUUUUUUUAAAAUUUCUAAAGAAUUCCAAAGAUUCCAAAGAUAAAAUUCCAAAGAAUUUCUAGACAGAAGACAUGGCCUGUGUCCUUGAGGGAUUUUUAAUCUAGUUGGGGAGAUUUGAUAAAUACUUCAGCCUGAAGUUAGUGUGACACAGGAGGAAAAGCCCUAGAGACCUGGGUUCCUGUCUCAGUCACUCGUGCAUGUCCUUCUCUCCUACUGCCCUAGCUUCUUUCAUCCCCUUCCCUUCCCUUAGUUUUCCUUCAUAGAGCCUUGUUGAGUGAGGUUCCACAGUUCCCAUGAUCAGAGUAGAUGGAAAAAUGGAUGGAUGGAAGAACACCAAAUGGAGUGUUCCAUCACCAAAUUCUUGGACCAUAUGAAACCAUCUUUUCUUCUCUCUAACCUUCCCUUAAAGUAUCCAUAUUUUGAUAUAAAAAGGUUCUGGUGGUAGGUGCAGUGAGAAGAGUUACUGGGAAAGUGAAGGGCUGAUCCUUAUGCACAGAGAGAAAAAAAGAAAGGCAGACUGACUUUCUCUGGCAUUUCUUUAUAUCUUUCAUUAGCAUUUACCAAGUGCCUGCUGUGACCUACGGUGGCAAAAGCUCAGAAUCAGAUGGGACCUCAGGACAUCAAGUUCAACUUUCUAUAUGACAUUCCUAAUAAGUGGUUAUACAACCUUCUCUUGAAGACCUUUAUUGAGGGGCAAUCUGAUUCCCCACCCUCAAGACCUUGAUACUCUUUUCCUCAAAUAUUCUUAGAGCACUUUGCUUGUUGUUUCUUACCAUUUUUGAUCUUUUAUUAUGCUUAUCUAUAUAUCUAUAAUAUCUAGUGCCCUAUAUGGUAGGCUCUUUGAGGGGAAGUUCUUUGGUUGUUUGUAAUAUGGGCCUUGAUACAAGAGUAGGAAUUAGACUAAGAAGAGAUAGUAGGGCACUUUGGGUAGAAGAAGGAAUGGAGAUGAAGAAAGCUGUGACCAAGGACAGAAAUGUGUAUUUCAGAUUUUAGUAUUAUGGAAUCACAGGUAUAGAUUUGGUAGUAAUGAAAAAUAGGGUUGAAGAGAUAAUUUCCUAUCUCACUCCUCUUUUUACUUAUUUGCUACUUUUUGCCGUUUAGUUCAUUCUUGGUUAUGGGUUGUUGCUGAGGGAUGAGUAUAAUUGAAAUCCCUAUAUCUUAUGUUGGUUGGUCAUUAUUUUAAAUAGUUUUAAACUUCUCUUUUCAACCAUAUAGUUUGCUGGAGUUGAUCUCAGGGAUUACAAAUGAUUCUCUUCCCUAUUGCUCCCUGGCAUUUUAGGUGGGCUCUUGACAGGGAGGAAAAUAUACUACAGAGGUAGUAAGUAGUAAGAGGCUGACAUAAGAGAAUCCCAUAUUCUCCCUAAUCCACACACUGGAGCAUCAGCCCUAGGACCAUUAAGAGUUGGCUAUAUCUGCAGGCAUUAUACUUUCAACUCUUCUGCCUUUUAACCCCUUUCUUGAUCUGUUUCCUUCAGACCUCACAAGAAUAAUAACUUUGCUGAGCAGGUUUACAAUCGCCAACCUCAAGUUCCCAAUCUUUCUUGGUCCUCCUAUUCCCAAGUGAUCCCUCUCUGCCUUAGGAAAGAAAGACUGUGGCAAUGAUGCUACAGGCACAAAUGUGAGAAAAAACCCAACUUGGAAUCUUGGGAGCCAAUAGCAGUAUCCAAGCUCCACCAGCAGUGGUCCUCAUCUUCCCAGGGUCUGCUUUCUUUUUUCAGUGAUCAGUUGUCACUAUCAGAUAUAGCCACAAGGGGGUGGCACUGCUGUAGACAAAGCCUUACUUGAAUUUCAGCACCUGGAGGGGAUGAUUACAUUUGGUACAUUGCUUAUGUGUCUAUGGAAAAGGGUUGAAUCCUGCUGGGCAAAGCUGGAUUUAAGUUUGAAUGCAAAGCUACAUGUGACAGGGACCAUCCUCUCUUUUGCUGGCCAGAGUCCUACCAUAGCAGAACCUUCUGGUGUGUGCUUCAACCCCUUUUCCUAGAACUCAUGGGUGUAGGAUCAAAGCUUCCUGAAGACCACUUCUUUUCAUAAGUGGAGAAUUACAGAAUACUGGACAUGGAAGACACCUUAGAGAUCAUCCAGUAUAAUCCUAUCCUUUUGGGAAUAAAAAGAUAUGGAUGCUUUCUGUUUUUUUAUAUCUUGGACAUUUUCCCAAUACCUCCCUCUUUCCCCCCAAUGAACCCUCUAUUGUGACAAAGUCAAAUAAAACUGACUGAUAGGUGCAUAUGUAACACUAUCCCUAUAGAGACCUCUUCCCCCUUCUGUUGAGAGAAGGGGAGUAUGUGUAUUCCUUUUUCCAAGCCCAAGACUGGUUAUUUCAAUGAAUUUGAGUUAAACUGCCUUUUAGCAUUGUUUUUGAUUACAUUAUUGUAGUCAUUGUGUA